AUGAAAACACUCCUACUUAGUAUUUUCGCGAUCGGCGGCCUUGCUCUCGCUGCGCCGGCAGCAUGUAGUCCAGAGAAAGCCUUGGUAAGGAAAGAGUGGAGAGAGCUGGGGUGUGCUGAGCGAAAGGACUAUAUCGAUGCGCUUUGGUGCCUACGCCAUCGCCCUUCCAUCCUACCCAUUGAGGAAUUCCCGGGGGUCCGUAACCGAUGGGACGAUUUUGUUGCGACUCACAUUAACUACACCAACAACAUCCAUUUUAACGGUCUUCUCCUUCCAUGGCACCGCCAGUUCCUCUUCCUCUGGGAAACGACCCUGCGCGAGGAAUGUGGAUACAAAGGCAGCGUACCAUACUGGAACUGGCCACUCGACACAGACAACCUACUCGAAAGCCCAGUGUUCGACGGCAGCGACACUUCACUCUCAGGGAACGGAGCGUUCGAUCCAAACGAGCCGAUGCCCUGUUCUCCCUCCGGGACAUGCCUCCCGCGAGGAACCGGCGGUGGAUGUGUGGAGUCGGGCCCGUUCAAAGACCUCGUCGUCCACAUGGGCCCAUUCAGUCCCACUCUCGCUCGAUCCUACGCGCCCCUUCCCGACAACGCGUAUGACUACAAUCCGCGCUGUCUGUCGCGCAGCUUGAGCCCCGCCGUUCUGGGGAUGCUGAACAACCAGGCUCGCGUUGACCGAAUGCAAGCAUCAACCACCAUUCGAGAUUGGCUCGCAGUCAUGUCCCCCAGUGAAUCUGACCAGGCGGGCUCGCAUGGCGGCGGCCACCGCUCUGUUGGAGGAUCCAUGGCUGAUUUCUUCGCGUCGCCGCAGGAUCCCUCGUUCAUGUUGCACCAUGCCUUCAUUGACAGGUUGUGGGCUCAAUGGCAGGAUCAGGACCCUGUGAAUCGCCGGAAUGCUUUAAACGGUACCACCGUUAUUUACGAUCCGCCGGAUGCCCCGUUCGUGACGCUUGAUACUCUGGUGGAGUUUGGGCAGCUGGGUCGUCCCCGGAAGGUGGAGACGAUGAUGGACCCGAUGAGGUAUGGCUAUUGUUAUAUAUAUACCUGA